ACAUAGUAUUUCUGGGUCAUUGGGUCCGGUUACAGCUGCAGUGAAAGAACUUGCCAAACAGGUUUAAUGUGGGACCGCCUUUAAAGCUCGAAACCGGCAUCUGUAUAUAAGUGCGCACCCGUCUCCCCACAGACCAGGAACCACAAGAAAAGGACACUAACACCCAUCAAAGGGGAAACUCAACCACCGGCAGAGCUCGCUUGAUUUCCAGGACAGCCAAUCCCCUCUGCUGCAUUACAGACAAGCAGACGCUCCUUUAAGCCGAUCAGCCCGGAAUUAAAGCAGGGCACUCACUGAGGAGAAACAAACCAGACAACCAACUCGACUCUUCGCUUCCAUUUCUCUCACAACUCUCGCCAAGAUGAUGAUGCAGCUCCUAGAAACCCCCAAGCAGAAGAACUCCCUCUUCAACGCCAUGGACCGCUUCAUCGGCGCCGUCAAUAACAUGGACCAGACCGUCAUGGUGCCGAGCCUGCUGCGGGACGUCCCGCUGGAGGAGGACAGGGAGAUGAGCGCCCUGAAGUCGGUCGAGGAAGAGGGGGACAUGUACAGCUACUACCAGCUGCUCAAGUCCAUCCGCAUGGACAUCGAGUGGGGCGUCAGGUGCGCCGCGGCCGACGAGAGGCGCAAAGAGAGCAUGAAGAUCACCCGCAUGAACUCGUCCGCAUCCACCUCCUCCUCCGUAUCGCUGUCAUCCGAGGAGGACGAGGAGGAGGAGGACGAGGAUCUGAAGACGCAGUUCCAGUACCACCUGACCGGGCUGCAAGGGGUGCUGUCCAAGCUCACACUGCAGGCCGACUCUCUCACCAAGCGCUACAAACAGGAGAUUGGAAUCGGAGGAUGGGGCCAGUAAGCUCACAGAGCCCACAGAAACUGAAAGCCCAGAUUUCUUUAUUAGACUGGUUGGUCUGACUUCUCUCAAUAUGUCUUAUUUUGCUGCUGCUGCUGAAAUUAACGGAGAAACGUUUGAAUAGUGGACGAAUGGGCAGCUUAUUUCUCUCUUUAGGCCUACAUGGUGUCGGUCUAUUCUGUGGUAUUAUUGACUGUAGAUGUGUUGAUCCUGAAGCAAGCAUUUGUGUAACACCAAACCUAGAUGUUUUGCACUCCAAAGUGUUACACACAUCAUGCACUCAGCUGUGACACACAAAUGAAACAUAUUUAAACCUCUAUUUAAUGUGUAAUUUAUUACCUCACACUGUAUGUUUGAGAGCCAAAUGUUAUUUCAAAGUUGGAGAAGAAGUGGGCUGCAUGAACUACGGACACCUGUCCUCUGAACCGCCCCUUCUAAGGAAGGGGGAUACUGACAGAAGAUUUAGCAUCCUCUCUGUGAUGCUGAUGAUGUCAGUGUGUUCAGAUGUAUAUGUCUGUGUAUGACCAGUGCUCCUUCAUAUCCAACAUGUCUGUGUCUUUAAAUUGUGCUUACAUUGGACGGAGGCAGAUGCUUACUGCGUAGCUUGCCUAUGAUCUCCUAAUGUCCUACAUGGUCAGUGAACCAGAAUCAGCUGAUAAUUCAUCUGCAUAGGGAACAAUGAGGGGUUCCAAUGCUUUGUUGUUAUUGUCAUUUAUUUGCUACUAUCAUGAUAUUGAUGGAGACGUCCAUCUGUUGAAAUUAGCAAAUGCUUUUGUAUACAUCUUCUGCUCUGUUUUUGUACAGAUAAUAUUUGUGUCUAAAAUAAACUUUUUUAUAAACUUA